AUGAAUUCAACGGAAAACUCGGUGACUGAAGAAGAGAUUGCAUACACAGCUAUUCUCGGUACAAUUGUAUAUAUCGGUGGUUUUAUUGGAAAUAUUCUAUCUCUAACAAUAUUUGUUCGGGAAGAAAUACGACGCGUUUCUACAGGUUUACUUUUCCUAUUCUUAACUAUAUCAAACAGUUUUCAAUUAUUAACUUUAACCAUCGAAUUUAUUGAUGUUGCCUAUAACUUUCGUCUAUUUGCCUGCGUUGUCAUUCGAUGUCGUAUUCUAUAUUGGUUUCAGAAUAUAUUCCGUGCGUUGAGUUCAUACACUGCUUGUACAAUAAGUUGCGAUCGAAUGUUUCGUGCACUCUAUCCAAUUCGAGCUAAACAAAUAUGUACAUGCCGGAUAGCAUGGCGAAUCGUUUUCAUCUAUUAUCUCGUGUUUACAUGUUCACUUACAUUUUAUUUACUUCCGUUCAUACAAGAAAAUUCCGAUGGAAUUUGUAUCACAUCAUCCGACCCGACUUACGACAAGUUUCUAUCUGUAAUUUGGCCACCGAUGCGUACUAUUGUUGUCUGUGUUCUCCCGGUUUCGAUCAUGAUCAGUACGAAUAUUUUCCUUUGGCGCCGAGUACGCGAAUCGAGACGUCGCACAUCACCACUGUCUUCACAUACGGACAGAAUGCUCAUCUUCAUAACAAUAUCUAAUGUUUUAGCGUUUAUUAUUACUCAAAUUCCAUUUCAUGUUUACGCGACCAUUGUUCGAUAUAAACAAUCAAUCAAGCAUAUGCGCACACCGAUGCUACUAUGGAGUAGUCUAUACUUUGGGAUUGGAUUUUAUAUUUACUCUUUAACUUCGCCGUAUUUUCGUUCAAAGUUUCUCUUAACUGUACGUUACUGUUUUAAAAGGCACAACUCGAAUCGAAUCCAUCAACAAACACAUCAAUACACCAUAUCACAACGGAAUCAAUCGAAAAGAUGA